AUGUUUUUCGCGGAGUACAUCACAGUGGAAACUCUUGACGGUGAUAAUAAGUACGACGCUGGAGAGUUUGGCUUACAGGAAGCGGAGAAGGGCGUAAUAUUCACCCAGUUCCCUCCAGUUCUUUACCUCCAACUAAUGCGUUUUCAGUAUGACUGUAUAGCAAAUGCCAAUGUUAAAGUUAAUGACCGCUUCGAAUUUCCAUAUCGUCUCUGUCUGGAUCGUUUCCUCCGGCAUCCUGAACAUAGCGUAUACAUCUUGCACGCUGUUCUAGUGCAUUCAGGAGACAAUCAUGGAGGCCACUACGUUGCUUACAUCAACCCCCGUGGUGAUAAUACUUGGUACAAAUUCGACGAUGAUGUCGUCUCCAGGUCUACUCGUAAGGAAGCCAUAAAUAUGAACUACGGCGGCACUGACAAUGAGCAUGGUUACAUGUUCAAGCACUGCACGAAUGCCUACAUGCUCGUCUAUAUUCGCCGAUCUGCCCUUCCAACUGUCCUGCGACCUCUGUCAAGUACCGACAUACCCGAGUCUCUGAUCGGUCGUCUGGAGGAGGAGCGUCUCAUCGAGGCAGACCACAGGCGAGCGAAAGCGGAGUCCCAUCUCUAUACCUGUGUCUUGUUGGUCCUAGAGGAAGACUUCUACGGUUGGCAGGUUAGUACACCACCCACCCGCUUCCCCCGACUUGACUUUCAAGAUGAAUUUCUUAAGCGGAAUUAG